GUCACUUGACGCGUUAUUUCAAAUUCCGUUUGAGUUCAGAUGAAAAUAUUUCUCAUGUUGGUUAUUCAACGUUAUUCAUCAUUCAUUUCACUGAUAAAUAACAACUUAAAUUACUUGAAUUAACGUAAAAGAAAACGAAUGAAAAAUUAUUAGUUUUGUAAAGUGAUCAAUAAUUCUUCAAAAUUAUCAUGUCUGAACCAUCAUCUCCACAACAACAACAACACCAACACCAACAACAACAAGAACACCAACAAGAACAAGAACAAGAACAAUCUGAACACCAAGAACAAUCACAUAGUUCAUAUAAUGAAAUGAAUAAUGAACCAAUACAAAAUUAUUCAUCACCAAUAAUAACUAUAAAUCAAGAUCAACGUGAAUUAUAUUGUAGAGAAAGACGUCAUGAUCGUAAUGUUUCAUUUCGUCAUAGACGACAUCAAGAAUUAUCACCACGUUUUGAAGAUGAUCGUAAUAUUAUUUAUUUAAAUGAUCCAAAUACUAGAUAUUAUCGUUCACAAAAUCAAUUAAAUGAUUCAUCAGGAUUUUGGUUUCAACGUAGUGCUAGUGCAAGAAAUAUUCGUUUAAGAUCAGGAUCAAGUCAUAAUCAUUUACAUCAACUUAAUUUACAUGUUGAUGAUAGAUUAACAAAUCAAAUACGUCGAUCAUUUCAAGAUAGACAUAAUGGUUUAAGUCAUGAUACAUUAAUUGAACGACAAAAUUUACUUUUAAUUCCAAUGUAUGGAUUAAUUCGUCCCAGACGUUCAAGAAAUAGAUCUUAUAGAUUAUCAGCUGAUUUAGAAAAUACCCAACAUUCUCCUAUAAUAGAACAAGAUAUUUCUAAUUUAAGAAAUUUUAACAAUUCACAUUCAUCAUCAUUAAAUGAAACUAUGGUAGAUCGACCAAUUAUUUUUACUAAUCCUAUAUGUCGAAAUAUUCAUUCACAAUCAUUAUCUACAAAUACAGUACAAACACUUUCAUUACGUUCACCAAAUGAAGAUUCUAAUGAACGUCUUUUACAACCUAUUCGAUCUCAACCACGAAUAAAUUCUAUGCAAACAACUAGAGUUACACAAGCUGUACAAACAAGAGGUUUAUAUCAUGGUCAAUUAAGACGUUCACAAAAUGAUAUAGUUCAACAUCGUCAUAUAGAUUCAAAUCUUAGUGUAAAUGAUUCAUUGACAAUGAAUAAUACAUUGAAUAGAAAUCAUCUAAACGGAAUACAUCAACAGCAAUAUGAAAGUGGAGCACCGAACAGAAGUAAUAAUAAUAAUAAUAAUAGUAAUAAUAAUAAUAAUAAUAAUAAUAAUAAUAACAUCCAUAGUAAUCAUAAUGCACAAACCAAUGAAACACUUGGAACUUAUAAUUCAUCUAAUAAUAAUAGAGAUAGAGAAAUUUAUGUAUUACGUAAUAAUCAAUCAUCAAUUCAACCUUCACAAUUAUCUAAUAUUGAUAAUGUUAGUAUAACUACUAGUAUAAGUGAUGCUAGUAGUAUUGAAGAUUUACAUGUAACAGAAAUUAUAGCUAAUAAUCAUCAUGAAUCAUUGAUACAUCGUCCUAAAUUAUAUGAAUCAAAUAAUUCAGAUACUGAAAAAAUUAUUAAAAAACAAGAAGUUAAAUAUACAGAAAAGAGAACAGAUUCAACUGAUUGGAGGGCUAAUUUAUUUGGUAGUCGUCAAUUAUGGCGUCAAAUGCUUAUUACUGAAAAAUUUGCUGAUGUAUGGUUUAUUGUUGGCGGUGAUGAUAUAUUAGGUAAUAAUACAUCUAUUAGUUUACAUUCAAAUGAUUCUAGUGCACCAGGUGGUCCAAAAAGUCAAAUCAAUUGUUGUACAAAUAAACAAUUAUUAAAUGUUACAACAAAAUCAACAAAUUGUUUAAAUAAAUCACGAAUUAUAUACAAUAAUAAUGAUAAUAAUACCAAUACUACUAAUAAUACUACUAAUAAUAAUACUACUACUAAUAAUAAUAGUAGUAGUAAUAGUAAUCACAAUCCUCCUAAUACAAUUACAAUUACUACUCGUACUAUUACUGCUAAUAACAAUACUACUCAUAAUGCUAAUACUACUAAUACUACUACUACUACUACUAAUACUACUACUAAUAAUAAUGAUAGUAAUCAUAUAUAUAAUACUCCAUUAGAUAUAUUAUAUACAAGAUGUACUGAUACCGAUCAAGAGAAUACUAUUGAUGAUGCAACAGAAUUGAAUUCAGAUGGUGAACAAUUAUCUUGUCAUUCAGAUCAUAAAUCUAAUGAUUAUAAUAUACAAAAUAAAUCACAUCAAUUAAAUUCAACUAAUAAUUUAUUAAAUAGAAUCAAUAAUACUACUAAUAAUACUACUAAUAAUAAUCAUUCAAAUUUAAUAGAUCCUAAUAAAGGAUCAUUUAAUGGAAUAAAUGAUACAGAAUCAUGUAUAUGGCGUUUUGCUGCACAUCGUUUAAUAUUAGCAGCUGCAUCACCAGUAUUUGAAGCAAUGUUUUAUGGACCAAUGGCUGAUUGUGAUAAUAAAAAUUCUGAUAAUCGUCGAGAAUAUCAUAUACCAGAUAUACAUCCAAAGGCCUUUCAAAUUAUGUUAUCUUAUAUCUAUAGUGAUGAAUUAUUAGUGGAGAAUGAUAUUAAUUUAUUAUUUUAUUUAUUAUAUGCAACAAAAAAGUAUAUUCUACCACGUUUAACACAAAUUUGUGUGGAAUACUUGAAAGAUUUAAUUACAGCUGAAAAUGUUUGUAUGAUGCUUGAUCGUAGUAUAUUUUUUGAUGAAAUUGAUUUAACUCGUCGAUGUUGGCAUGUCAUUGAUGUUUUGGCAUCAGAUGUAUUAAUAUCACAAGGUUUAUUAACAUUAAAUUCAAAUUGUUUACAUGAUUUAGUUAGUCGUAAUACAUUAAAUUGUCAAGAAUCUGAAGUAUUUUCUGCUGUUAGACGUUGGGCUGGAGCUGAAUGUAUUCGUUUAGGUAUAAAAGAUAUUAUUUCUAAUAGAGUACAAGUUGCAUCAAAUAUAUUACCAUUAAUUAGAUUUCCAACAAUGACAUUAAAUGAUUUUGCUGAAAAUGUUGCUUAUUCUGGUUAUCUUUCAUUAGAAAUGGUACGUGAUUUAUUUGUAUACAUAACAACAAAUAAAUUAAAUAUACAAAAAAAAGAUAUUACAUCAUCAUCAUCAUCAUCAUCACCACCAUCACCAUCAACAACAACAACAACACCACCACCACCACCAACAUCAACAACACAUCGAUCAAAUGGAUUACCAAUUAAAAAUAAUGAAAAUUCAAUUGAAUUUACAGAAACUGAAACAACAACUUUAAUAAAUCCAUCUAUAACUCAAUCAAUACAAUUCACAAAUCAAUCAAUACAAUUCAUAACAAAUUCAUUAACAAAUUCUGGUUUAUUUCCAUGUGAACCAAGAAUAGGACCAAAAUUAUGGAGAUGUUGUCGUUUUAAACGUAUUCGAAAAGAUUUAUUAUCAUUAACAACAUCAAAUAAUCAUCGGCAUACAAUUAGUUUCUCUGUAUCUACAUCAAUAUUUAUUGCUGGUGUUGGAAUUUAUGGUUCAACACAAGUUGGUGAUAUACGUACAGUUCAUAUUGAAUUAAAAACAGGAAAUGGUAAUGUACCAUUACCAUCAUCAUCAUCAUCAUCAUCACCAUCAUCAUCAUCACCAUCAUCAUCAUCAUCACCACCAGCAAAUAUAACCCAAAUUGGUAAUCAUCAAUUAACAGAUCGUAUGUAUCCAUCACAAGCAUCUAGAAGUACAAGUGAUCUAACUAAUUUAAAUGUAACUACACGUCUAUUACAUAAUCAUCAUAAUCAUAAUCCUAAUCGUAAUGGAUAUUUAAAUAUAUGGGAUAUAACAGGAUUAUCUAGAUUAGAUGAAAUUGAUUCAUUAAAUAAUUCAAUUCAUUCAUCAAAUUAUUUCAAUAAAAAAUCUUUUAUAAAAUGUCUUGCUUAUAAACAAAUUUCAUUAAAAUCUGAUGGAACUAAUCGUGUUUAUGAUAUACGAUUUAAAUGUCCAAUUAAGUUGGUUAAAAAUAAAAAAUAUUAUUUAUGUUUAAGCACAUCAAAUUCUGAUCAUAAUUCAGCAUCAAUGUCUACAUCAUCUACAGCAAUUAAUUCAUCAACAUCAUAUAUUGGUUUCUAUGGUGGAACCGAAAUUAUGAUACAUUGUCCAUCAGAAGAAACAAUAAAUAAACAUAAUAAUGAAACAAUAAUCAAUAACAAUAAGAAAUCAUCAUCACCAUCCUCCUCUACAACAACAAUAACAACAACUACUAAUGCUACUACAACACCAACACCGACACCACCACCACCACCGCCACCAACAACACCAUCAAGAACAACAUCAACAUCAACAUCAACAUCAUCUAAUCUUCGAAAGAAACGAUUAGAAAGCAAUAAAUCAAGUUUAUUUACUCAUUUGAAUGACAAUUCAUAUGUAUUCAAUAAUAAUAAUAAUAAUAAUAAUCAUAAUGAUAAUCAUAAUCAUAAUGAAAUGGUUAUAUUUAAUUUUCAUGAUAGUUGGGAUGGUCUAGAAAAUGGUAGUGUUGAUAGAGGCAUAAUACCGGAUUUAUUAUUUUAUACUUGUUUCUAAAUAAUAAACAAAAAGAUAGAUCAUUUCAAUUAUUAAUAAUGAACAUUAACAUGGAAACGCCUUCAUGUACAUUACAUGACUGAAACAUUCUAUGAAUGAUUAUUGCUUAUAUAAUAUAUAUAUAUGCAAAUAUAUACAUAUGUAAUUGUAACAUUACUUUUCUUAUUUCCUUAUCCUUUGAAUAUGAUAUUAUUACAUUAAAAUUCAUAUGAAUACAAGAUAACUAUUAUUCAAUAUAUAAUUGACUUUCUAAAAUUUUGAUAUCCGGUGAAAACUACUUAAAUGAUUAGUUAGUAAGAUAAACUUUUUAAUGAAAAAAAAACAAACAAACAAACAAAAUAUGUAUAUAUAGAAGGACAUUGAUAUUUCAUAAUUAUUUUAUAUUAUUAUAUAUUAUAUAUCAGAUAAUGCAUCAUCUAUUGUUGAAUUAAAAAAAGAAGUGAAGGUUAUUAGUGAUUUGAGUAAUCAUCGAUAAUCAAUAAACAAUCAUCUAAUUAUCAUAUAUUGUUGUCAUUCUGCUCAACAACAAAAAAAAAAUAGUUUGAAUAAUACUUUUUUCUGGUUAGCAACUCUUUAGCGAGUUUAUUUUUCUAUGGGAUAAGGUUGAUAACCCCAUGCCUAACCCUUCUCCUUUAUCCGGGAUUGGGACCGGUGGUAGUAGCCCUCAGAGAGACUCUAGUCAGAGUGGAUAUCUAAGAUGCAGUUGGAUGAUCUAAAUUUCGCAGAUGAUUUGGCUCUUCUAUCGCAAACGCAACAAUAAAUGCAGGACAAGACGACCAAUGUAGCAGCAGCAAUAG